GAUUUUUGCAGUAUUUUGGGGAACAUAUGGUUACCAGCUGCUUCCCAGGAUUGAAGAAUGUGGAGUCACAUGUUCACAGGGAUUUCUUUGCAAAAUUCAAACUGCUACGAAUAUUUUCAAUAGUUUCUGCCAACAUGCUCCAGAUGUUCUUCCUCCUUCUACCCUGAGAAGUAUGAAGCUCUGGACCACCAUGAAGUGUGUGGCACAAAAUCGCUGUUCCCUUUACUUGAGUGCUAAGGGGACACUGCAUCAUGAUGAAAAUAUCCGUGGCAUGGAAAUAUGUUUUCUCUCAGUGGACACUCAGACGUCUAACUGUGUGACUGUGAAGAUUUCAACGAACUUACGUGUAAAACAUGCUGGAAGGAAGGUGAAAGUACAGUUUAAUUGCUUUGAAGUCAGUGCUGGGCAGCAUCUCCAUGUGACCAUGAAAACAAUCCCAAAUUACUGUGGAGUUAAACUGAGUCAAGAAUAUUAUGUUGAAGAUUGCAGAAACAGUGAUGUGGCAAGAAAUAUUCCAGCCUGUUUUGCUGGCAAAAUGGCUUAUGAUGUGGACAGAAUGAAAAAGACCAUUAUGGUGAACAUUUCCGAAGCUGCUCAAGGCACGGACUAUUAUGUCCGUUUAUGUCAUCAGUGGUUUGUGUGUGAGGAUGUGGGGCCAGUCACCGUGAUUCCAGGAAAGGACUUGGUGAAAUCAGUUUCUUUCCAGUACACUCAGCUGCUGCCUUGUCUGUGUAUUGAGGCAUGGCCGGCAAUUUCAGAUGCACGGAGAAUGCAGGUGUGCCCAUUUAAAAAUGAUACUAAAGCCCUGUGGGACAACAUUAAUUAUAAUCCUGUCACACAAACCUUGGCAUGGGAAGCUGCCUGUCCCAUUCAUGCUACUGUCAGCCUUUGUCAGCUGAUGAAAACAGAUGAUGAGUGUGUUGAUCUAGAGAAUACCUCCAGUAGGGCUCUAGAGAAAGUGAAAUACUCUCGGGUUGAUGCCCAUCCAAGACUUUGCAUGAAGUUUACAACAAAGCAUGGUUCCUGGGUGAGAUGCCCAUUUGCACAUGGAAAUUUCCAAGCUUGGAAAAUGAGACUUGCUGUGAUGGAAGAACACACAGAAGUUUCCUUCAUGUCAAACACGGAGGCACAGUUUGCAGUUCUUGUAUGUCACAGGACUGAAUCAUCUUCAUGCAACUCUACUGGAAUACACCAGCCCAUUUCAGUGGGUGGCCUAAGGUCAAUGUCUGUCAACAUUUCAGGGAAAACAUGUGGUUCUGACUUCUGCAUUCAGGGAUGGAGAACAGAUGUGGACUAUUCUAUCCAUUCAUACAUCUGUGAUUUACCCUGCGCUUCUUCUACUCAGCAAGCAGAAGUUUAUGAAAAUUCGUUCACUAUCUUGUCUAUAAUAGCAUUGCUUGCUAUACUUGUGACUAUGACGGCUCUCCUUGGACACAAGCUUUUAUCAGUUUCUCGUAGGAAGAGAAUCGAAGAGAAAAGCAUAGCACACAACAAAAUACAGAGAGUGAAGAACGCUCAGUCUUUGCAUUGAUGAAGGAAAGCAAAGAAUUUAGCAGAAUUUCCAACUCUACAUCAACCUUCUCAGGCGACUGGAACACUUUCCCAUUGCAAACUGGUAUUUUUGUGAAUAGUUCUCACAUACCAGCAAUCCUUAUUGACUUCAGCAAGUCUACCCAUAAGAUCAUGUUUUUACAGAGCAAAUUCCAUCAUAGAAUGAGAAUUCUUCAAUGUGGUGCCUUCUAGAUGUGUAAUGACUACAAACCCCAUCAUCUCCAUCCCUGAAUGGAAAAAAAAACCACCACUCUUGUCAAUUUGUUCUUAAGUGCCCUUUAGAUGUUGUAGCAUGUACUGUAAGAGCUGGUUCUUCAUGGUUUCAUCCCACGGUGUGCUCCUGCAAGCACCUGAAGGCCUGCAACUUCUAUCGUGUAAGGAUAGCCUAGAUCUUUCUGUAGAAUGAACAGCACUCUCUCUCUCACCUAAUGGGUUGUCAACGCAAAGGGAAAGAGGUCUGCAAUCAUCUCUGACCACAUAGUUGUUGUGUACUUUGUAGCAAUGCCAUGGGUGGAGUCAAUGGGGAAGCAGCUCCUUAGUGGUACUGUUAUGUGUAAGAUGUACUUAAGAGAUGCCACUGUGUACAGUUGCUCAGUAUGCUGAGCCUUGCUUUUGAAGAGCAUUUCAUUUAUAAUAUGUCUGUUUUGUAAAAACCUUAGGUCGUCCAUGGAGUUGCUGAUACAUUUUGUAUCAACUUAAAAAAAUGUUCUUUUUGUAGUGCUUUUCUAUGAUUUGAUACUUUUUAAAAAAACUUUUAUGAACAGAAAUCUAAACCUCAGUUCAAAUCUUAAGCGUACUGACCAGGAAACGAGUUCAGUUCAAUUCUCUUGGGACUCAUGUUUAAUUAAGGGUGUUCAUUCUUUGUUCUUAUCCACAAAUCAGUGAGAGUCUGUUACAGAUGUACUUGUGAUGGUCCUAGCAUCUAAGCUACUCUUUUAAGGUCCCUGAUACCAGUACCUUCCAGUGCCCAGAAAUAUUGUGCCAUUCUGCAGUGACUACAUGCCAUCUUGGUCUUUUGCCCAUCCUUCCGCCUUAAAUCCAAAUUAGAAUCCUGCUGUCUGUGUUUUGUGAAGGGGAGGCAGAGAAGCAAAAAUCAGUGAAAGUAAGGAGAAUGAAGUCCAAUAUAAACAAUACCUCAGAACAUUUUAAAAUUAUUGGCACACCUUCUUUGGGCAAAACAGCAUUGUGAUCCAUGUGUGGCCCAAGGGCUGCAUGUUUUUCACUCCUGCCUUGUACUCAAACUAAUUUUCCUUCCAGAAACAAAUUAGGCUGUAGUCCUAUACACAUUUAUAGGGGAAUAUGUACCAUUCAACAUAAUAGAACUUAUUUUUGAGUAUACAUGAGCAGGAGGGCUGGGCUGGAAGGCCCUCUGUGAUUCUAUGAUUUGUUGUUGUUGCUGUUGGGUGUCUUCAAGUCAUUUCUGACUUAUGGUGACACUAAGAGAAAGCUGUCAUUGGGUUUCUUGGCAAGAUUUCUUCAGAUGGGACUUGCCAUUACUUUUCUCUGAGGCAAAGAAAGUGACAUUUGCCCAAAGUUACAGAACUCGCAGAGGUGUGCAUAGAUACAAUUCCAUGCAAAAAAAUGCAAAAAAAAGUGUGAACUACUAAACUGGAAUGCGUGAGUGAGAUUAUUUGCAUAGUCACACUAAAAAAAAAGUCUCAAUAACCCCUCAGUCCAACACAAACCACUACUUUACACUGGCUCUCUAUGAUAGGAUUGCACAGUUUAUAACUUUCUUGAGUUAAUGUGACCUAAUCUAAUGUAACAUAAUAAUAUGCAGGGACUCUAUUUUAUUUAGGACUUUCUCCCCAUAAAAUUGGAGAGUCAAGGAAAGGAAAAGAAAGAAUGGUAGCAACAUAUUGAAUUUGGUCAAUAUUUUAGAAACGAUCUUUGGAUAAGUGUGGUAGCAGUGAGAUGCAAAAAGCGGGGGUCAGCAAGGUGGAAAGAUGGCAGAAAGAUGGUAUCAGAGAUAAAUAUAGGGACACUUUAAGAACAACUUAGAAAAAUUGCACUUUGGACUACAACUGGCUGCAGUCCAUUUGACUGUAUCUGUGGCAUGGGCAUGUCUAUGCUAGCCAGGGGAUUGUGGGCCAAGAAAGUAACUUUUACAAAGUCUGGAUUUAAGGUAAUAUGGAUGCCAGGGAAAUAAUUUCUAGCUGUGACAAAGUAUCCAAAUGGGGGAGAUUAGCGUGUGAGAAUGAUUUUUAUUAGAAAUCUGAAGGAUUUUUUUUAAAAAAAAUCUUUUAUGUACCACUGCCAUUAUUUACACUUACAAAUGACAAUCAUACCAUGAACUCUACAAAAAUACAAAUGUUUGUCAUUUCUUUCUUUCUGUGCAGUCCAAAUUCCUGUCAAACAUUCUUUAUUUCUGAUGUGUAGCAAGGAGUGAAUGUUAAUAGGCAUGAAAAUGGCAGAGACUGAAACCAUGUGGGAAUAGUUAAUUUACUCAGGGAGAUGUUUACAUAGGGGCCUAGAAAGGAUGAAAGCAGAUGAAGAGUAUGAGCGUCCUAGCAACAAAGAAGUCUCUUCCAUCUGUAUGAAAUUUCGUCUCCAUUGUUUCAGAGGGCACAUUUUGGAGAAAUGUGUAAAAUCUAUGGCAUAUUGAUGCUGUUGAAACACAUGUUGCCUUGUUCUUAUGGAAACUGAAUGUUUAAAUAUGAGUGGACAAAAUUUACAUGUACUGAUGUUGCUUAUGAAGAGGUGGACCCAAUGCUGCACCUAGGCUGUUGACUGGGGCUGGUUGAAGUCUCCUUUUGAAACAACGUAGCUGGUUACCCAUCCGCUUCCAAGCAUAAUUCAAAGUGCUGGACCCUGCAUGGAACUUAUCUCCUGAUAUAAGUGGGCCCAAGCUGAAAGAUCUUUCCAGGAGGACUCUCUCUCAGUCCAUCAAUUUCACAGGUGCAGUUGGUGAGGACAUGGGAAGAGAGCCUUCUCAGCGUCUGCUCAGUGGGUGCAUCUGCACUGUAGAAAGAAUGCAGUAUGACACCACUGUAAGUGUUGUAACU